AGAUAGCGAACACUGGACGAUCACACAAGGAAUAGGAAUGGCUUUUCAGGACUUCAUACAUUUUUAUAUAUUCAUUUACAUGUUCUCAUGCGUACCGAGCGAAGGUACACACUGUGCCAAUGGAUGGAUACAACAUCAUGACAAGUGCUACUUCUUCAGUCGAGUCACCGUACCUUGGUACUCCGCAUCAGCCUUCUGUGUAGCAUAUGGUGGCAGACUGGCUGAACCUGUUACGCAAGAAGAAGUGACGUUCUUGUCACGUGAAUCCAUCCAGAUAGGAAAUGGAAAGGAUUACUAUCUGGGGGUGACGGAUGCUUUCCUGGAAGGUGAGUGGGUGUACGCUUUCUCCAAAACUCCUGUUACAGUACACAUCCCGUGGGUAGUAGGUGGUCCAGAUAAUUACCAUGAAGAGGACUGUGCGGCCAUUGACUCCAGUAACACUAACCAUGGACAAUGGACAGAUGUCCCAUGCAAUUCACCCCUUUACUUCAUUUGUGAAUACAACUUAAAUGCUGACUUUUCUGCUGGAAGUGUCAUCGGCUAAACGCAGUCCCCAGUCUGUGUCUACAAUUAUAAAGAGAACACAUGGAAUAUAUAGAGGAAAGGAAGAAAAUAAAAAAGAAUUAUUCCUCUACAUAU